GCGCCGCUGUUCGCCGCGGGCGGCUAACGCGCACCUGCUGGUCUGACCCGCCGUCUGCCGCGCGCCUGGCGUCCUAGCCGCGCAAGUUGCGGGUCCCGCAGGGCCUGGGCUGCGGGCCCGCGGGUCAGGGGGAUGGCGUCGGAGCCGCACUAACUCCGUUUCUCCUUGGACCAAGAUGACUGAUGGAAACCUUUCCACCUCUACAAAUGGGAUAGUCUUGAUGGGCAUUCUGGAUCAGCCAGGAAACCGCUUUCAGAACCUACAACAUGCCCAUGUUCUCUCAGCACCUGAGUAUGGGCCUAGGCUAAAACUUGGUGAUUUAGAAGAUCGGCACAGCCUUCAGUCAGUGGACUCAGGCAUUCCUACCCUGGAGAUUGGCAACCCAGAACCUGUCUCCUGUAGUGUGGUCCAUGUGAAGAGGAAACAGUCUGAGUCAGAGAUCAUCCCCGAGCGGGCCUUCCAGAGUGCGUGCCCACUGCCAUCCUGCGCACCACCAGCUCCCACCAGUGCUGAGCGGGAGCAGAGUGUGCGAAAAUCUUCCACAUUUCCCAGGACAGGCUAUGACUCUGUGAAGCUCUAUAGCCCCACCUCCAAAGCCCUAAACCGCAGCGAUGAUGUCUCCAUCUGCAGCGUGUCCAGUCUCGGCACAGACUUGUCAACCACCCUGUCUGUUAGCAAUGAGGACAUUUUGGACCUUGUGGUCACAAGCAGCUCCAGUGCCAUUGUGACCCUGGAGAAUGAUGAUGACCCGCAGUUUACCAGCAUCACCCUGAGUUCUAUCAAGGAAACCCCUGGACUACAGCAGCAGGACUAUGUUCAUGAAACUGAUGAGGGGAGUAAAUUGAAACUAUUGGGACCAUUUAGUAACUUCUUCACAAGGAAUUUGCUUGCUAGAAAACAAAAUGCAAGACUUGACAAACAAAAUGAUUUGGGAUGGAAAUUAUUUGGAAAAGUACCUCUUCGUGAGAAUGCUCAGAAAGAUUCAAAGAAAAUACAAAAGGAAUAUGAAGACAAGGCUGGAAGACCUAGCAAGCCACCCUCUCCAAAGCAGAAUGUGAGGAAGAAUCUUGAUUUUGAGCCACUUUCCACUACUGCUCUCAUCCUCGAAGACAGACCAGCAAAUCUCCCUGCAAAACCAGCUGAUGAAGCUCAGAAACACAGACAACAGUAUGAAGAGAUGGUGGUUCAGGCCAAAAAACGAGAACUGAAAGAAGCCCAGCGGAGGAAAAAGCAGCUGGAAGAAAGGUGCAGAGUAGAGGAAAGCAUUGGAAACGCUGUUCUUACUUGGAAUAAUGAAAUUUUACCUAACUGGGAAACAAUGUGGUGCUCUAGAAAAGUUCGAGAUUUAUGGUGGCAGGGAAUCCCUCCAAGUGUGAGAGGCAAAGUCUGGAGCUUAGCCAUUGGCAACGAGUUAAAUAUCACCCACGAGCUUUUUGACAUCUGUCUUGCCCGAGCCAAGGAGAGGUGGCGGUCCCUUCGCACAGGAGGUUCUGACGUGGAGAGUGAAGAUGCUGGGUUUUCAGCAGCAGACAGAGAAGCUAGUCUGGAGCUUAUUAAACUGGACAUUUCUAGAACGUUUCCUAAUCUCUGCAUUUUCCAGCAAGGCGGCCCAUACCAUGACAUGCUGCACAGUGUUUUGGGUGCUUACACUUGCUACCGACCGGAUGUGGGUUAUGUUCAGGGCAUGUCCUUUAUAGCAGCAGUGCUGAUCUUGAACUUGGAUACUGCAGAUGCCUUUAUUGCUUUUUCUAAUCUUUUGAAUAAACCCUGUCAAAUGGCAUUUUUCCGAGUGGAUCAUGGCCUUAUGUUGACUUAUUUUGCUGCAUUUGAAGUAUUCUUUGAAGAAAAUUUGCCGAAAUUAUUUGCUCAUUUUAAGAAGAACAACUUAACUCCAGACAUCUACCUAAUUGAUUGGAUUUUUACCUUAUAUAGUAAAUCUUUGCCCCUCGAUCUGGCCUGUCGUAUCUGGGAUGUGUUCUGCCGAGACGGGGAAGAGUUCUUGUUCCGCACGGCCCUGGGCAUCCUGAAGCUGUUUGAGGACAUCCUGACGAAGAUGGACUUCAUCCACAUGGCCCAGUUCCUGACCAGGCUGCCCGAGGACUUGCCUGCAGAAGAGCUGUUUGCUUCCAUUGCCACAGUUCAGAUGCAAAGUCGGAACAAAAAGUGGGCUCAGGUACUGACUGCUCUGCAGAAAGACAGCAGAGAAAUGGAGAAAGGGAGCCCAUCCCUCAGACACUGAGGCUGCAGAUGUGACUCGCGUUCAACAUGGAGGCAGUGCUCCAGAGGCACCCGUCUUGUUUCAGACUGACACCAGGCAAUCGAGAAGAACCGGCCUCUUCUUGAUUCCUAACCGUGGAAACACUGGAGUUGGCCUUAAACAAAACAAACAGAAAAAACUUCUAAAGAAUUAAACCAAGGCUUAGCCUUAAG